AUGGACUCCAGUGUAGCGGUUAAUUCAGUUAGUACCGCAGACCGCAUAGCCGCUGCAAAAGCGUCGGUAUCCCUCCUUCUUUGCUUAUGCUCAUUCGCCGUAGGUUUGUCACCCGUGAAGUUCGCCCACGGGUGGCGUGAGUCUAGGGCCGGCAUCACGAGGAAACCAACGGUCGCGUCGGUACUUUUGUGCUUUGGCGGCGGCGUGCUGCUCUACACCGCCCUUGUCCAAAUGCAGCCCGACGUCCGGCAGACGGUGCGCGUACUCCAGGCGGACGGCCGGCUGCCAGACACCGUUCAUCUGGGCGACCUAAUAUUUUGCUUAGGACUCUUCGCGGUAUUCGUCAUCGACGAAUUUGUGAAUUUGACACGUGGGCCAGGGCGCAGAACAAUAACACUCGCAGAACCCGGCGCCCACCCAUCGCCUAAGUCAUUCCGAGUCUUGUUCGCCGUAGUGGCCUUGUCAUUUCAGGAGGCGUUUGUAGGCCUGUCAUUUGGCAUGGAAACUUCGGGCCCCGACGACCCCGUGUGGUACGCGUAUGCCACCGCAUCUGCUACCAAACUGAUCGUCUCAUUCUGCUUGGGCAUGGAACUGGCCUGGUCAGGAGCCAGGAAUUCUGCAAUAGUCGCGUGCUCUGCCGUUUUCGCCACCGUCACGCCCGUCGGAGUCGCGAUCGGCAUGGCCCUGUCCCAGUGCUGCGGCAACGUCGUGGCCUAUAAGCCGCCAUCGCCAGGCAUCUUGCACGUCAUCUCACAGGGACUGGGCGCCGGCUCGCUGGCGUUCGUGGUGUUCUUAGAAGUGUUUCCCAGGCACAAACACGCCGGGUUCACGCACCUGAUGUCCGCCGUCGUUGGGUUCUACGUCAUGCUAUUGCUGCAGUUUGCCACUGACUAUCAACAAUCCGCCUAG